CUAAAUUAGGCCAUAUACACUGUAUGCACUACUGUCACUAAACACAUCACAUCAGAGAGGAGUAAUCACUGCAGCUGUUCCACACAAUGGCUUCCUGUCAGGAGUUCGAAGUGACUGUCCACACCUCACCUGGUCCCACCUGUGGAACCUUCAACCGCCUAUGGCUCAAUCUGAUUGGCUCACAGGGGGAGACUCCGCCCGUCAGUGUGAAUGAAGGUGACGUUCAUCUCCUGCCUGGAUCGACGUGUCCGGUUCACAUCCGAGCCAGCAGCACUCUGGGUUGUGUGCUUCUGGUCCGGCUUCAUCUGGAGGCUCGGGCUGGAUUCCCCAAUCUUGACUGGCACUGCAGCCGGGUGGAGGUCCGAAGGCUGGCAGAGACACCUGAGGACCCAGAAGUACAGGUGUUCUUGUGCGACAGAUGGCUGCAAACAGCAAACGGCGACGUAGAGCUGCGGAGUGGAAAGUUGUGUUUGCUGAAGGAUGAGACAGAAGAGAAGCUGAAGCAGCAUCGCCUCACACAGCUGCAACAUCAGCAGAAGCUCAUCAGAUGGCGUAAGUUUGUCGACGGCGCUCCACACUGCGUUGACCUGGAGAGGCCGUCUGAACUCGGACCGAACCUCAGCUACACGCACAAGAGUCCAGCCACCAACUUGCACUACCUGAGAGGCUUUACUGACCGAAUGGAGGCCUGGACGAGUUUCACAGAGCUGGAGAAGGUUUUCAUCCACAGCGGACACCAGAACAGCAACGCGAAGUUCGUUCAGGCCCACUGGAUGGAGGACUGGUAUUUUGGCUACCAGAGUCUGAAUGGCUGUAACCCUCUGCUGGUGCGUCAGACCCGCCUCCUCCCUUCAAAGCUGUCUGUAACCUCCGAAAUGCUCCACCCCUUCCUGCCUGAAGGCUCCUCCCUUGAGCAGGAGCUACAGAAAGGGACAGUUUACCUGUUGGACUAUGAAGUGCUGGAUGGCGUCCCAGCCAACGUGAUCAACGGGAAGCAGACGUAUCUGUCAGCUCCGCUGUGCCUCCUCCACCUGAACCAGCAGGGACAGCUGCUCCCCAUUGCCAUCCAGCUGCAGCAGACACCUGGUCCUCAGAGCCCGGUCUUCCUGCCCUCCGACGAUGGCUGUGAUUGGCUGCUGGCAAAGAUUUGGGUUCGCAGCGCAGACUUCCAGUGUCACCAGUUGGCUUCCCACUACCUGAGGACUCACAUGCUGGGAGAGCUCUGCUGCGUGGCCACACUGCGACAGCUGCCGGAGCUGCACCCGCUGCACCAGCUGCUGAUGCCGCACGUCUGGACCUCAUUGCAGAUCAACGUGCAGGCACGAGGCUCGCUGCUGGCCGGCGGUGGCGUCUUUGAUAAGGCCACCGCUGCUGGUCUGGACGCGUUACCUGUUCUUCUGUCCCGGGCGUCACUCAGGGUUUCUUAUCGGUCUCUGUGUGUCCCUGAUGACCUGAAAGACCGCGCUGUGGACCAACUGCCACAAAGCUACUAUGCACAGGACGCACUGAGAGUGUGGGACGCACUGCACAGGUUUGUGGUCAGAUGGGUGGAUCUGUAUUACAGUGGAGACGAUGACGUGCAGCUGGACUCUGAGCUUCAACACUGGAUCACCGACAUCAACACACACGGAUUCACACACGACUCAGGUUUCCCCCAGUGUUUCCAGUCCAAAGCUUCACUGUCCCAGUUUGUCACCAUGAUCAUCUUCUCCUGUUCGGCUCUGCAUGCAGCCGUUAACUUCUCCCAGUUGGACUUUAGCCUUUGGAUGCCAAACUGUCCACCCUCCAUGUUGCGUCCUCCUCCGCAUGUCAAAGGCAUGGUGACGGAGGAUGACAUCAUGUCUUUCCUGCCGGACGUGAGCUCCACCUGUCGCGUCCUGACGGUGCUCUCUCUGCUGUCGCAACCCGUCGCCAACUUUGUCCCUCUGUGUCACUACAAAGAGGCCGUGUUCAGAGAUGGCGCCCCUCGCAGGCUGGUGGAAAAGGUACAGGCUGAACUCAGGGCCAUUUCUGAUGACAUCACGGAGCGAAACAGCCAGUUGGAGCUGCCGUAUCCUUACCUCAAUCCUGGACUCAUCGAGAACAGCGUGUCCAUCUAAAUGUCACGUCUUCGUCACGAUUAUUAACAAUUUCUGAUCGAUCAGCUGCAUGUUGCUGUUCAAACACUUUAGACACAAAAGAAUUUACGUCUUUGAUUAUAUCGUUGGUGCAAAGCUUCUGAUUGCUUUGGCUUGUUUCUAUCACAUGGCGUCUGCUUUGACUUAACUGCAGAUCUCGAAAGAAAAACACAAACUGUUGUGGAAAAAGAACUGCAGUGACUGUACUUUAAUGUGAUUCAUUGUGAGAGAAAACAAACAUGUGACACGUCUGUAACGUGUGUCUGCUGCAGGACUCACACAUCGAUCAGCAACACCUUCUGCUCUUUAUGGUCGCAGCACUUU